AGCCUUUGACAGACGAGGAAAGUGUGUGUAGUGACAUCAGUGUCUGUCUGGCCGCUUCUCACUGAUCGGUCUUGUUAAUUGUACGACCGACUGCUCCGUAGAAGCAACCGAUUCGGCCAGAUCCGGUUUUCUUCGUGCUUGAGUCAGGAUACGACCGUGUAAUCGUCUGUAUUACGUAUUGUCGUUAGUUGUGUAUGCUGUCUUUGCCGGCGAUAGUAAAGUAAGGCUUAAAGGCGGUGUCGAUUGUGUCUUGGGCACCCUUGCCAUCGUGGAAAAUAUUACAUACAGUUUAAUAAUAUAACUCAGCUAUACGGUUGCAGACUCGCGUGUACUGAUCGGAGUGCCAGUGCAACGAUAAUCGGGCGUGCUACACGGGUGUAUUAUCCAUGGCUGUGUACAUAUAUAUGUGUGUAUGUGCGUAACGUGCGCGUAGAGGAAAACGAAUACGUUGCUGUCGGUGGAAGAGAGAGAUAGAAGGAGUGAAGAGGGUGGGAGAACGAAGGCGGCCGUGAAUCCACGAUACGCGGCUACGUUCACGCCGCCGCGUAUUCCACACGGCACGACACGAAACACAACAGCUCCGUCGGCUUAGGCUACGAGAGGAGAAAGACGUAUAUCUGCAUACCUUACGAAUUAUUACGAAUCCGCAUAGCUUUGACGCGCCUUUUGGCGCGUAUAUCAUCCUCGUUCGGUCGACUUCUUCGACCUCCUCGUCGCUAUUAUGGCGGACGACGAGGUUCUCUUCGACGAGGUUUACGAGCUCUGCGAGAUUAUCGGCAAGGGACCAUUCAGCGUUGUAAGGAAAUGCAUUCACAGGCAGACAGGACAGACGUUCGCGGUAAAAAUCGUGGACGUGGCAAAGUUCACAUCCAGCCCCGGUCUAAGCACGAACGAUUUGAAACGAGAGGCCACGAUAUGUCACAUGUUAAAACAUCCCCAUAUAGUAGAGUUAUUAGAAACAUACAGCUCGGAGGGUAUGCUCUAUAUGGUGUUCGAAUAUAUGGAUGGCUCUGAUUUAUGCUUCGAGGUCGUCCGGAGAGCAACUGCUGGAUUCGUGUACAGUGAAGCUGUGGCCAGCCAUUACAUGCGACAGAUCCUGGAGGCGUUGCGCUACUGCCACGAGAACGACAUAAUUCAUCGUGAUCUAAAGCCCCAGUGCGCCCUCUUAGCGGGCAAGGAAAAUUCAGCACCGGUGAAGCUACGCGGUUUCAGCGUCGCCGUGCAACUCCAAUCGUCCCAGGCAAACGGCGUCGAGUAUUACAACGAGUAUCGGCAGUGUCUGAGCCCAAAGGGGCAGCUCUACUUGAAGGCCGACAACGAGGGUCGUGUUGGGUGUCCACACUUCAUGGCGCCGGAAGUGAUCCAACGGAGACAGUACGGGAAGCCUGGUGACGUUUGGUCAGCCGGAGUACUACUUCAUGUCCUAUUAACCGGUACACUUCCAUUCGUUGGCUCUCGAGAUAGACUGCGAGAAGCAAUUUGCAGAGGACGAGUACAGAUGGAGACACCAUUGUGGGACAAUAUUAGUGAACCGGCGAAGGAUCUCAUACAAAGAAUGCUCACAACGGAUGUAAAUCACAGGAUUACCAUACAAGAAGUGCUGAACCACAAAUGGCUUAGAGAUCGUGAUAAGGGUGUGGCCCGAAUACAUUUAGCUGAAACUAUAGAAGAGCUUAAGAAAUUCAAUGCUAGACGAAAAUUGAAAGACGCUGUGAAAGUGGCGAUUUCGUCCUCCAAAUGGCACAUCCCAUAUUCGGAAAUUAACGGUGACAGCUUUUUCGAUAUAGGAGACGAUGAAGUUAUAACCACAGGUGCUGUAGCUGAAAUUAUAGACUCUCUCGAUGAUAUUGAAGUACUUCAAGAGAGUGGAAGACUGACGCGUGCCGAGAUACUUAAUGCAGUUGAUGAUUAUCGUCUUCGAGCUAUUUUAGAGCUUUACGAUAGGAUUUCGACUCGAGUUCCAACGCCAUGUCGAGCGCCACAGACAGACGCUGUUCAGCGUGCGCGAGAGGUCGAAGAACUUCUUCGAGAAAUAGAGCAUUCAGCGAUACGAAACAUCGAUAGGGCGGAUCUUCGGGAACUCCAUGAACUUUUGGUCCAGCCACACAUGAGGGCGCUUUUGCAAGCACAUGACGUAGCGGGACAUGAAGUUUAUGGCGAAGAAGCCACCAGAGUUACGCCACCUCCUCUUCUCCCCUAUCUAAACGGAGGCGACGAUCUCGAGGGACAAAACGGUGAUUUGGACCUCGAAAAUGUAACGCGCGUCAGGCUGGUCCAAUUCCAGAAGAACACGGAUGAGCCAAUGGGAAUCACUUUAAAAAUGAACGAAGAUGGAAAAUGUGUGGUAGCACGAAUUAUGCACGGUGGUAUGAUACACAGACAAGCGACCCUUCACGUGGGUGACGAGAUCAGAGAAAUUAAUGGGAUACCGGUGGCCAAUCAAUCUGUCAAUGCCUUGCAAAAGAUACUCCGGGAAGCACGAGGUUCGGUGACGUUCAAAAUCGUGCCAUCGUACAGGAGCGCGCCACCCCCCUGUGAGUUGUUCAGGAUUAAGCCUCUGCCAGUGUUAAUAUUCGUUCGGGCGCAAUUUGACUAUGAUCCGUUGGAGGACGAGCUGAUACCGUGCGCUCAAGCCGGAAUCGCGUUCAAAACCGGCGACAUCCUGCAGAUCAUCAGCAAGGACGAUCAUUAUUGGUGGCAAGCGCAGAAGGAUAACGCGGCCGGUUCCGCGGGGUUGAUACCUUCGCCUGAACUUCAGGAACGGCGUAUCGCUUACAUGGCAAUGGAAAAGAACAAGCAAGAACAAGUGAAUUGCUCAAUAUUUGGCCGGAAAAAGAAACAGUACAAGGAUAAGUAUCUCGCAAAACACAACGCAGUAUUUGACCAGCUGGAUCUGGUCACCUACGAAGAGGUCGUUAAGCUUCCCUAUCCUGCAUUCCAACGGAAAACAUUAGUAUUACUGGGAGCACAUGGUGUUGGUCGUCGUCAGAUAAAAAAUACCAUUAUCGCGAAGCAUCCUGAUAAAUAUGCCUAUCCUAUUCCACAUACAACGAGGCCUCCACGAAACGACGAAGAGAAUGGUCGCAAUUAUUACUUCAUAUCGCACGAUGAAAUGAUGAACGAUAUCCAUUCCAAUGAAUACCUCGAAUAUGGUACACACGAGAACGCAAUGUACGGAACGAAGCUCGAGACGAUCCGGAAAAUUCACGAAGAAGGGAAGGUGGCGAUAUUGGACGUCGAGCCCCAAGCCUUGAAAGUGUUACGUACAGCAGAGUUUGCGCCUUAUGUAGUUUUCAUCGCUGCUCCAGUGUUCGAAAAUAUCACCGAUUGCGACGGAAGCCUGGCAAGACUGGCGAAAGAGUCUGACUCGCUGAAGCAAGCGUACGGCCACUUUUUCGACCUGACCAUCGUGAACAACGAGAUAGACGAGACGAUCGCGCAAUUGGAGGCGGCCAUCGAGCGGGUACACACGACACCCCAAUGGGUACCCGUGUCCUGGGUCUACUGACAGCGAACCUCGCCAAUUCGGCAGAUCACUAACUGCAAUGGCUCGUCGAAUGUGAAACAGUGAUCAUCGAAUCGCGAUCCACCGAACGACCGGUCCGUUUGCGAUCGUUUUAAUGCGGCAACGAUAAUCUUCUCGGCGUCGUGCGCCUUUAACAAUUCACGGUGUUCGUGGGGGAUUAGUAUCGUGGCCGUUUCGAGGCGGGCAGCCGUGUAUAAACACGUCGGACCAAUCGAACGAACGAAUUUACCGUCAAUUCUUCGAUCGAUCAACAGCACGAUAUCGACUGGAACGCGUGACUUUGGCCGUGUGUUCAUCGACUUUUUUCAUUAUUAUUCAAUUAUUCUAAUUAUUAUUCGAUCGUCGUUAUUGUUAUCAAGCGGAGAGUGGCGAAGAGACGAAACUGUUAUAUCACCGAGGCGUAUAAAUACGACAAUCAAAAAAAGAGAAAAAAAAAAAAUAAUAAAAGGAAGAAAGGCAGAGAGAGAACAGGCAUUUCGAUUAAUUAAUAAGCUCCAUAGGACUAUAAUGCUGCUUCCUCGAGAUAAAUAUAAGCAAUACGAUUUCCACGUGUAUAAUCUAUCAUCUCGGUUAAAUACGUUCAACGAGUUAAGUAAUUAAAAUUAAAAAAACCGAGUUCAUUUCCCCGCGAAUUAUAAUUAUACACUCUCGAUCGCGCAGUUUUCUCUCUCACCCUCUUCGCGCGUUCUUCCGCUUCUCUAUUUCAUUUUCCUCUCCAUCUUGUCUCUCUCUUUCUCUCUCUCUCUCUCUCUCUCUCUCUCUCUCUCUCUCUCUCUCUCUCCCUCUCUCUUUCUCUCUCUCUCUCUCUCCAUCCCGUAAUCCCGUAAUCUUCUUGCAUUUUUCCUCCAAUACAUUCCUCGCGCCACGUUUUUUUAGCGCGCGUACACGAAUUUAUCGCUAGUUUCGUCAGUCUUGUACGGUCUGUACGCAAGCGAUAACAAUGGUAAACGAUGCGAAAAAAAAAAAAGAAAAAAAGGAAAAGAAAGGAUGAAUCGAAAAGAAGCAACACUCUAAGGUUUGCUCUUUUCGAGGAUCAAACUAUCGAUGAGGUUCAUAAUGAGGAACGGUCGUUCGAACUGUUCGUGAAUGUUGACCGAGUGGACACGCUUGUACCGUUCUUGAAAAAAAAAAAAAAGAAAAAAAAUUAUAAAAAUCUGUCAAUCGACUAUCCGUAACCUAAUAAUAAUUGCCCCCUAUCGUAUUCUCUUAUAACUAUUUACACGAAAUGAAAAGAAAAAAAAAAGGAAAAAAAAGAAAAAAAAAAAGACAAAUACUAGGACAGACGCUGUUCGAUAGUCCGCCGUCUCCGUAUCCCACCGUAAAUAGUCAAUCUUUGUUCGAGUUCGAGAAGGAAAUAUACGGACUAUCGUAACGGCUAGUCGUUUACCUAUAACUUUUAAGCAGUAGAGAAACUUCGCCGAUUUCGUCUAGUACUUCCAACAUCUCUCAACGGAAGGUUCAUCUAUGACCGUGAGACUCGAGAUGAACCUUCGUACGUAACAUGUAUAUGCGCGAGCGCUGUUCUUCCUUGGCCAUAUUUUCUUUUACUUUUCUCUUCUCUCUCUCUUUCUCUUUCCCCCUCUUUCUAUCUCUAUCUAUCUAUCUAUCUAUCUCUCUUUCUUGACUCGAGGAUUUUCGGUUUUCUCCAGAAACUUUCCCGUGCUGUAGUUUCAUUUCUUUCUCUCGCCGAAUCUAGGACGUCGAAUCUCGUGCAACUCGUCGUUGUUGUAUCGUUUCUCAUUCCGUUCUCGAGCGAAAUCAAAGAGCAUCGACCGGAAUAUCGUAUAAUAAUAAUAAUAAUAAUAAUGAAUCUCGUUGUUGCUUUUUGGCACAGAGUUUCGACGCGACGAACAGAACGAACACGUCUUAGACACGGCGUUAGAUCCCGGAAAAAUCAAAGGAAAAAAAACGUGAUGAUUUUACGUUCGACACAAACGACAAAACACAUGUACACACAUCAAACUGUAAUAAUAUCACUCGGUUCGCAUUGCACCCUCGUACAAAGCGCAUAAUCGAAUGACGAAGUAACAGAAACGCGGUUUACUAUACGAUAUUUAUAACACGUAAACUCAAGUAAAUAGAUAGUCUACCAAAUCUAUAUGAAAUAAUACUAAACACCGUCUCGCAUUAAAGGAAAAUAAUUUAAAAAAAAAUAAAAAUAAAAAUAAAAAUAAAGUUACAAAAGUCUAGUACACGUACACACAUACACACAGUGACACUGAAUACACGCGUAGACGCUUACAUGAAAACAUAACGCAAAUACAUGCAACAUAUAAUAUACAUAUAUAUAUAUAUAUUUACAUAUAUAUAAAUUAUACAAAAGUUACACUUUACAACGUAAAUGGACGAACAUUAAUACAUACACGGACAAGUGUACGCGGAUUCACGAGAAACAGAUUUAACGACUAGAUAAUUAAUUACAAGCGAAUUAAAUAAAUUAAUUGUGUAACUAAUUAAUACUAAAUUACUAGAAGACUAAUAGGAGAAAUUUGCAUAUGCAGCCCGUAGAGCGAAGAAGGAGUGAAUGCGUGUACGUACGGGUAUGGUGUGAAUCUAAUUGCAUUUCGGCGAUCUGCGUUUUUGAUCGACCCUUCACGCGGCUUUGUUCAGAACUUGUUCAAUUACAGCUCAACUACUUAUAUUUGAAAAAAAAAAAUAAAUAAAUAAAUAAAAAAUAAAAAGAUUAAAAAAAGGACCUCGAGAGGAACAUACGCACACACGUAUACACACGCAACAUGGCACAUACGUACAUGCAUACCGACAUACGUAAACAUACGUGCAUACAUUACAAUUUGCAAACACGCGUACACAUAUAGGUUUUACUACGUUCUUCCUAUUCGACACACGAUAUUAGUCAUCGAGCGUGUAAUUAUUCUUUAAUAAACGCGAUACUUCGAUGGUGGAGUUAAAAUACAAAUGAAAAAAAAAAAACAAAAAAAAGAAAUAAAAAGAAAUAAAAAGAAUCAACAAAUAAAGAGAAAUCAGAGAGAUGCCAUCGAUCGCGUUAUAUCGGUAUUAUACUUAGCGAGGAACGGCUGCGAGAACGUCGACGAGCAGCAGGCCCACCAUAAAUACGAAGACAAGUCUGAAAUUAUUUAAAAAAAGGGGAAGGGGGGAAGAGGAAGAAAAAAAAAAUGAAAAAGAACAUCGCGUGAAACUACGUGAAGGAAAGCUCGUGUCGGUAUGAUCGUUUUGUGUGAGUGAGAAAACUUAUCGAGACGCAAGAAGAACGAAUCUUCAGUGAUUUUGUAAUAUUUCUUAUAAGUUGUAGCUGCCAUAUCCAAUAAAAUUAAGUACUAGGUGCGCUGGGUGAUUAUCUGACGACGACUGUUGACGAUAACGAUUCUAAUGGUGAUGAUGGUGGUGUUGAUGAUGACAUAUAAUGAUGAUGAUGAUGAUGAUGAUGAUGAUGAUGAUUAUGAUGAUCAUAAUGAUCCUACGUGCUCCUGCAAGUGUGUGUCCGCGACUUUGGAUGAGUUACGUUAAGAUGUUGAAAGACGACGGGUCUAAAGAAAACAAUAACAAGUUCAUUACAAUUAUGUAAUUAUAAGUAAGAGAAAGAGACGAAGAGUAUUAUAACACGUUGUUAAUUGAAUUAAUAAAACUAGCCCAAAGUGUC